AUGAAUUCCGAGUGCAGCAUCCAGUAUGGCCCGCCCAGCAUGGAGGAGUGGGCUUCCAUAAUAACUAACAAUUUAGCCCUACCACCGGAAACGCCCACUUGGAUUCGCGAUUUAACAAUUCACCAAUUCGAAAGCCGAACAGAUAUAGAUAACGCCAUAUCCGACUUAGAAUCAUGGUAUGAAGCCGCGCGGGUACCGAGAACCCUUAGAAAACAGAAAUAUGUUUCCUGGUGGAACAAGGAACUAACAAAACUUCGCCAAGCUGCAACACAUUCUCGCGCAAAGUGGCACCACGCAGCCCCGCGCGUAUCAAACGUUCUACAACACCCCCUUCGCCUGCGCAUGCUGUCCGACCGCCGAGCUCUGAUCAAGGCCAUACGUAAAAGCAAGGACGCUUCGUGGUCUGAAAUGAUCAACGAAAUAGCCCGAUAUCCCUGGAGCAAGCUCUAUAAGGCCGUAAUGAAGCGAUUAAAGGGAGUAUCACCGCAAACACGCCUUAACGAAACCGAGUUCAAAGCAGCCGUGUCACAAUUGUUCAUAACCGAACCCCCAGCAAUUGCAGAGAUUACAGAAAAUGAACCUACCCCUCCUGUCGCGUCAGUAAGCCCCGACAAUACCUCUACCCUGUUUGCCCCCUCAAAUCGGCCCUCCAGCCCACAGCCCGGACCGAGCCACGCCUGUCCCAGGCAACAGCCCAUGAUGAAUUUAUUAGAUUUGCACACCCCGUCAAUUAAUCAAGCCAUCGCCAGCGCAAACGCAAGCAUUAACCCCAUUCCAGCCGGCAAUGCCCCAAGCCGCCAAGGGGUACCAGAAGAUCCACGAGAUCCACGGGUACCAUAUCCAUUUAAUGCCCUCGACAUCGCCACGGCCCUCGGCAAAGUAUCCAGAGGGAAAGCGCCCGGUCGUGACGGAAUAACCGGAGAAGCCCUUCGCCCUCUUUACAAGUUAGCACCCGAAUGGGUACGUGACCUAUUCAACGCCUGUUAUCGCUUAUCAUACUUUCCCGCCACCUGGAAGAUCGGUCGAUUGGUAUUAAUACCGAAACCCGGAAAGCCUUUCAAUUCGUUUUCAGAUCUGCGCCCCCUUUGCAUGCUGUCAAACCUCGGUAAAGGUUUUGAAUACGCCCUGAGGGAGCAUUUAGAACAGGCCCUACUAGAUUCUGGAGAUUUGUCACCUCGACAAUUCGGCUUUCGCCGAAAGCGGUCAACCCUACAGGCAAUGAAGGUAGUGAUGUCGGAAUGGAAUCGCGCCCGCGAAUUUGGAAGUCACUGCCUAUUGAUCGGUCUUGACGUAAAGAACGCAUUCAACACCGUUAGAUGGGAAAAUAUCAUUUCCGCUGCACGCCGCCCUAAUUUCCCUGUCCUCCUAAUAGCGAUGCUAGAGAGUUACCUGAACAGCCGAUUUAUAGGUACCACGAUGCCGGAUGGCACGUGGAUAGAACAGGAAGUGUUCGCCGGUGUCCCGCAGGGAUCAGUCCUAGGACCAUUCCUAUGGAAUUUAGCGUAUGACUCAAUUCUAGAGAUCGCACUACCCCGCAAUGUAACAACCAUCGCGUUUGCAGACGACCUAGCUCUGAUUAUACUAGGUCGGCUGGCCAAUCUACGCGAAAUAGCUGAGCUCGCGUUAUAA